CAUGAUGAUGUUAAACACAGACGGAAAGCCCCUUAAAACUCAUCUGGGAACUCUCAGUGUUUUGGUUUUCCUUCUUCUCCUAACGAACUACUGUAGAGGUCAGUCUCAGCUGAUUGGCUCAUCUCAGCCAAUAGUAGCAAACCUUGGUGAUGACAUCAUUUUGCCGUGUUAUCUGGAGCCGGCAGUAAAUGCUGCUGGUUUGACGUUGGAGUGGACGAGGCCCGACAUGGACCCCAGAUUCGUCCAUGUGAUGCGUUCUGGUCGCGAAAUGGUGGAUAAAAAACACCAAUUAUUCAAGGGAAGAACCUCAAUGUUCACCGAUGAGCUGAAGAACGGAAACAUUUCCAUGAAACUCUCCAAUGUUAAUUUCUCAGAUCGGGGGAAAUACAGAUGUUUCAUUCCAGAACUGGGCAGGCAAGCUUUUGUUCAACUUGUUUUUGCAUCCGGCUCUUCCUCUCCGCCUGUCGUCAGUUUAUCAGGGCUGGACGGUCAGAGCGGAGGAGUGGUGCUGCAGUGUGAGUCUGCAGGCUGGUAUCCGGAGCCUGAGGUGUUGUGGCUGGACGCUGAGGGAAAGCUCCUCUCUGCUGGACCUCCAGAGACAGUCAGAGGUCCUUAUGAACUCUAUACUGUCAGCAGCAGAGUGACUGUGGAGAAGAGACCCAGCAACAGCUUCACCUGCAGAGUCCAGCACCACAACACCACCCGCACCACACAGACGCAAAUCCAUUUUCCAGAUGAUUUCUUUAAGCUCCAGUCCAGGUCUUCUUCCAUCAUUAUUGGUCUGGCCGUCAGUUUGGCUGUUUGCAUUCUGUUACUGGCUGUUUCUUUCUUCUUUCUGUGGAGAGAACACAUAUUCAAGACGAAGAGAAAGCGUUCGGAUGAAGAUCAGUUUCUCAAUGAAGGAGAAAGAGUACAGCUGAUGAAACCUGACGCUGUGCAGAUGGAGGCUUUGAAGGGAAACGUCGGAAAGAAGAGCAAAAAGAAAAAUCAAUCUGAGCAGCAGCUGCUUGAGGAGCAGAGGAGGAGGAAGGAUGCUGAGAAGGAAGUCCAGACUCUGGAAGAGCAGCUGCAGAACAAGAAGAAAGAGGUUGAAUCUAAACAGUCUGAGCUGCAGGAUCUCCAUGCAGAGAAACAGAGGAGCGAGAAGGAGCUGCAGAGCCUGAAGGGAGAUCUGUGGAACAAGAACAGAGAGCUGGGGAGAAUUCAGAGGAGCCUAAACAGCGUUUCCAGAUAUGAUCAGACUUCGGAAAGAGAAGAAGAACAGAAGAAGAAGGCUGAAGCUGAACAGGAAGUGGACACACUGGAGAAGGAGCUGGAGAGCAGACAGAAGGAAACAGACACCAACAUCACAGAGUUAUCCUCUCAGUGUGAAGUGAAGGAAGCUGAAGUCCAGCAGCUGCAGGAGGAGGUUCAGAGGAUGGAGACCAGCCUGCAGACCCUGAUGGAGUCCAUCAACACGGAGCUGGAAAGAAGCCGAGCUGCUGAAGCCAGUUCUUCCUCCUCUUCACGGUUUAAACAGAAGAGAUCUUCCAGAAAUGAGUCUCAGGAGGAUCAGAAGAGGAGGGAGGAAGCUGAGACAGAAGUUUCCAUCCUGAAGGAGAAGCUGCAGAAUGAGUCCAGAGAGAUCCCGCCUUCCUCCAGGCCCUUGUAAUCAGCUCACUUCCCUCACCUGGUCUCCCCAGCCCUUCCCCUCACCUGUUACUCGUUCCCUCAUCACUCCACAGUAUUUAUACCACCUCACUAUCACUUGUCCUUUGCCAGAUUGUCUUGUCGUUUUCGCCAAGCUCUCCAGUGAGUGUUGUGCUCUAGCCUAGAUGUUUGUCCUGCCCGGUUUUUGAUCCCUGCCUGCCUGUUUACGGAUCUCGAUUUCCUGCCUGCUCCCUGUCUGGUUUUGGUUGCCUGUCUGACGGAUUUCCUGGUUUUGACCCUGCCUGUCCCUGACCUGAAUAAACUGAACA